UGUCAUUCAAUUCCUUCCUUAGUCGCUUCCGCAGCUUCCCCUCUCUCUCUCUCUCUAUCUAUCUGCACCCAGGAAUCAUAAUACGCGGUGGGAAGCUUAAAUUAUUCUGGGUCUCUUCGCAGUAACUAAAUUCUGUGUUUUUUGGGCUCCUUUAGCGUUCAUAGUAAGAAAUUCUUUAUUUCCUGUACCCACUGAUCUGCUGUGUUCCUGGCCAGAAGAUUCUAGCUCCCCUAUCCGUACUUUUCACUCCAAUUCCUUUUUGGUGAGGUUUUCAUUCUUUUGUUUUCCAAAGGAAGCAGAAGUGCGUAUAAGAGUGCAAAGAAAGGCGUGAGCUUUAAUUUGUGUUUUUUAGUAGUAAGUACUUGCUGAUUUUGCUGAAAUGCCUGGAUAUACAAGCACGAGUCUGGUCUCGAUUCUGGUUGAUAAGUAGCUAGAUAGGUGAGCUAGGUAGAAAAGGUAAAUUUGGUGUGCAGGUGUUGAAAUGGGAUCUGCAAGUGGGUUCUACACUGGAGAAGACUUCAAUUUGGACUCCAAAUGGUUGAUUGAUCCCAAGCUUCUCUUUGUUGGGCCCAAGAUUGGAGAGGGUGCUCAUGCCAAAGUCUAUGAGGGAAAAUACAAAAACCAGAAUGUGGCAAUCAAAAUUAUCCAUAAAGGGGAGACACCAGAAGAGAUUGCUAAGAGGGAUGCCCGAUUUGCAAGAGAGGUUGCAAUGUUAUCCAGAGUUCAACACAAGAACUUAGUGAAGUUUCUUGGUGCGUGUAAGGAGCCUGUUAUGGUCAUUGUAACUGAACUACUUCUAGGCGGGACGCUUCGAAAAUACCUGCUGAACAUGCGGCCAAGGUGCCUAGAUAUGCGUGUGGCAAUUGGAUUUGCACUUGACAUUGCUCGGGCAAUGGAAUGCUUACACUCUCAUGGAAUCAUACACCGUGACUUGAAACCCGAAAACUUGCUCUUAACGGCCGACCAUAAGACAGUUAAACUUGCAGACUUUGGUCUGGCAAGAGAGGAGUCAUUGACAGAGAUGAUGACUGCUGAAACAGGAACCUAUCGCUGGAUGGCUCCAGAGCUAUACAGCACUGUUACGUUGAGGCACGGAGAGAAAAAACAUUACAAUCACAAAGUUGAUGCCUACAGUUUUGCUAUUGUGCUGUGGGAGCUUAUACAUAAUAAGUUGCCGUUUGAGGGCAUGUCAAAUCUGCAGGCUGCCUAUGCUGCUGCUUUCAAGAAUGUAAGGCCAAGUGCCGAUGAUCUACCAGAAGAUAUGGCUGUGAUUGUGACCUCAUGUUGGAAAGAAGAUCCAAAUGCUCGCCCCAACUUCACUCGGAUUAUACAGAUGCUUCUGCACUAUCUUUCCACAAUUUCACCCCUCGAAACCCCUCCCAUACCUCCAAGAAUUUUCACCUCAGAGAAUGCUGUCUUGCCACCCGAGUCUCCAGGUACAAGCUCCCUAAUGGCGAAGCGUGGCGACUCGGGGGAUACCCCCAACGCCCACGCCCCAUCGGAGGAUAAACAGAAGGGUUUAUUCUUCUGCUUCAAGCAAUGCUACUGAUCCCUUCUAAAGCACAACGUAACCGAGGAACAGAGUUUUAGCUGCAAAUAUAUACGGAAAUUUAGAUGUUCUUAUUAGAUUCUGGAAAUGAAGCUCUGCUCAGGGAAGAUGGCGACAUUCUAAUUUAUUAGUUCUGACUGAAUGUUGAGCUUUUGGACACUGGAGCUAAGGUUGUUGUGAUGAUUAUAUAGUAUUAUAGUUGUAAAAUAAGGUUUCAUCCAAAUGCCUUUCCUCCAAUGUUUUGUAAGAACAUUACAUUACAUUAUUGACCUUUGAUAUAUCUAUCUAUUUAGUGCAGUACUUGUUAAUGCUAUUCUAUUCGGAAAAAAUAAACAAAUAAAAAUUGUACCA